CUCUCGCCGCUGCUCAGGCGUCUCGAGCAGCUGUUGCCCGCCCGGGGGAGAAGCGGUCGUGCCGAUGGCGACGUGGCAGGGCGGCCUUGGCCUCCUCUGCCUGCUGCCGGCGGCCGUUUUGGGUGAGGCUUGUCAGGUAUAUGUUGAUCAUCAUGGCAAGGCACAACCUGCAAAAUCCUGUCUCAACUUUUGCUGUGGAGACUGCAUGCAUCGAUACUGUUGCUCUAAUGCGAUCUUAAAAAUUGAUGAAGAACAACAAUUUCAGUGUAAUCUGCUUGAUGGAAGGAUCUCUGACUCAAGCAACGUAAAUCACAUGCAGUUUUUUUCGGACCCUGAUAAUUACCUCCCUUCUGGCCCUGGUUUUGGAACCCUUGUUGCGAUUGGAGUUACUGUUUGUGUGGUGAUUGUAAUUACUAUUGUUCUGUGCCUCACCUGUUCGUGUUGCUGUUUGUAUAAAGCAUGUCGAAGACCACGACCUGUUGUGACCACCACUACUUCCACUACAGUGGUUCACGCUCCCUAUCCCCAACAACAGGGAAUGCCACCCAACUGCCCGGUAGCCCCAUAUCAAGGAUAUCAGCCUGUGGCUAUCCAGCCGCAACCAGGAAUGCCGGUAGCACCAUACCCUGCACAGUAUCCUCCCCCUUACCCCAUGCAGCCAUCAGGACCCCCAGCUUAUCAUGAAACAGUGGCAGCUGGUGCCGGAGCACCUUACCCAAUCAGCCAGCCCCCUUACAACCCUGCUUAUAUGGAUCCUCAGAAGCCCACCUAUUGAAAAGAUCUACUAUGCUUCUGCAUACAAAAUUUUUUCAAUAAUUUGUGCUGUUUACACCGUGCAACUGUCGUAUAUUUUUCCAGAGGACACCAGUCUUUUAAGUAAAGUGAAAGUUAAUUCAGUAUCUUUUUAAGUGGUUGGAGAAUGAGGAAGGAGUAUUUUUCUUGCAGAAGUUGUUAAUUUAUACCUCAAGCAAAUACAUUUAUUUUGUUCUGUAUACAAGAAAAGCAUGAAGGAGUACUUCAGAAAUAAGAACCACAAUAACAUAUGCUGUGCAAUAAUUUUGAAAGGAAUGGUCUAAUAUGAGCAUUAUCAAACACCCAAAGCUGUAGCAAUCUUUUGCACAGUAUUAAAACAUAAAAAACUUAAUCUCUAAGAAACUACCUGUUAUGUGUUAUGUUCUGCCUGUUUUGAAGCUAUUAUUGUCAGGUAAGCUACAAUGUAAUGCCUUUCAUUUACUAUUCAAAAGGGAAUUUUCCUUUUUUUGACACAUUUGCCUUCAGUAAGGGGUAGCAAACCACAUUUAAUUGUCUUUGGACUAGUUGCAUUUUUCUGUGCUAAGCAGCAUGAGUUGAUAAUUUCCUUGUUUUCUUUCCCGAUUUUAAGGCUUAAAAACUGUGCCUUCACUGGAUGUUUUCUCGGGCCAUUUUAAUUUAUAGCUAGACAUUAACAACAAAACCAAACUUUCUGCUACUUAGAACAAAUAGAUCAAAAGCUGAAAACCUGGGAGUUCUUAAUUUAAAAAAUUACUGGACAAGUAUUUGUUGUCCAAGUAUUUUUGGACAAGCUUACUUAAGUCAUAUGUUGUUGAUGAGUGUGGAAGAAAAAUUAGCACCUUAAGCAGAAGUACCUGCUAGUGUUCAGUCCAGCCUCAGUAUAGGGAAGGAAUUGAUUUUGCAGGAGAGAUAGUAUUGUCAGAAAUAGAUUGGGGUUUUUAAAUGCUUAGGGUUUGCCACUGUCUAAUGGGAACUGUAGACUGCAGGAACUUAGGAAUGAUAGAUUUUUAUAAACUCAGUCUGCAUGUGAAUAAUAAUAUGCAGGGGGGAUAAGAAAUCCCAGCUGAACACACAGUAGAGAUUAAACCUCCUUUUUGUCUUCAACGUUCCCAUAAAGCUGUGCAGAGAACAAGAAGUCAGGGAAAGGAGGAGUGGUAGGAUUUGGUCACAGCAAGGUGAUGUAUUUUCAAGAAGGUAGUGCUUGCAGUCAUGAAACAUCUUGAGACACAUCCUUAUGACUGAUAGCUGUGUUUGCAAGGCUCUAUACACUUUAUAUCAAUCAAAUGAAUAAUGAUUUUUAGUGUCCUCUACAAUUCUAUCUUUUCUAACAUUGAAACACAAUUUUUUUUAUACCGUAGUAGAGUUAUCUAGUGUGUUGUAUGUAUCACUGUGACAUAAUUAGUGAAAUAGUUUUGACAUAUCUCAUACACUGAUUUUACUUUUUUUAGAGAGGCCAUUAAGCCAUUUGCCCUGCAAUUAUAUACUUGUGGUGUAUUACUGUUUGAAAAACAUUGAUGGUGUCAUUGUUUUACCUCAUAUGAUGGAUGGAAACUGCUGCUGUCAAAGGCAGCCUUAUUUCUCUUCCUGAUUUUUGAGUCUAUUUCUAGGUUAUUCCAACUAUUUUUUUCAAGAAAGUCUUAAGGGCAUUUCAGAAGAAAUUUGUAGAAAUGUUUUAGCAUUGGGAUUCAUGACAACCUAUGUCCCUCUGUUACACCUCUCUAAGAAGUUAAUAACAUGAAAUAGUGUCAGGAGGCACUCACGGAGCGUGCAUGCCCUAUAUCUGUCUGUCUGUCCUCUUUCCUGCCUUGUAAGCAGAGAAAUUGAGCAAUGCUUCGUUAUGGUUAGGAGUUAUGUGAGAACAACUGAAAACGGACAGUGCUUCCUGUAUGGAGGAUGAAGUGUUUCCCUAGAAAUCUCAAUAUAUUUUUUUAAUGUGUGGGAGGCCACUGAAUAUUCUCUUACUAUAGAUCCUACCCCUGCAUGUUUGUUCAUGUAGAAGGAGGGCAGAGACUAUUCCAGCACCUUUGUUAGCCAGCUGCCUGGAUGGAUUCUGGCCAGUGAGAUGCAGCCAGUGAGCACAGCUGCCACGCAGCUCUCAGAGCGCAGGUACAGCAUUCUAGUAGUGGGCUUCAUGAGGUUGUUACUCUGCACCGCUCUUAUCUUCCUCCAUCUGAUGUGACAAAACAUACAGUUUGUGGCAGUGUUAGCAGGGUUAUGUUUUGGUUAUGAAAGGAAAAUCUGCAACUUCAUGAGAAGUUAGCUCAGUCAUCUGCCAUAACCUGUAAAGAAAAGAUAGUAGGAAAGCAAAGUGACAACAAUAAUAGAGGUCCCCAAAUCUGAAGUUUUGUUCUAGAUGUUGAACAGACCAAAUUGCCCUGAAAACCACUGUGGGUGGUUUUGCACCACCAGCGGUGGGAGGAGAUAAGGGAUAGGGUUAAGGAGCCUGAAAAUUUAUACCUUUCCUUCAGUGAAUAUAUGCUAAUCAUAAUUAUAUGCAAGUGAAGAGAUGAAUCAUUAAUAUGCAAGGAACUACUUUAGUAGUAGUAUUACUACUUCAGUUACAAAAUUCAUUGAAAGAAAAGAAAAAUGUCCACUUCAUAAUUGGGGCACUUAAACACACUAACAAUAAGAUCUGAUUAUUAUCACUAACAAUAAGGUAUAGGACCAAAUUUUAUUUAGUUGUGGCCAUGCAACCAGGGGGAAUGGAGUUAAAAUUUUAAAUGUUGAAAAGGUAUAUGUUAAUUUUUUUAAAUUCUGUAAGUGCCUUUGUUUCAGAAAUGUUUUGUGAAUUUAAUCACAGUAGUAUAUUCUGUUGUCUGAAUUUACUAGAUAAUCGUUGUUGAUUUUAUUGCAUACUGUAACCUAGCUUUGUAUGUUGUUUGUAGUUUAAAUGUAAGUAUUCAAAAGAAAUGGCAUAAACUCUAUGCACCUUUGUAAUAAAUGCAGUGUUUGAAGUA